CCUCCAGCGCCAAGGAAUCAGAAACUUCAGGGUGCGGCUUCUUUAAGAGGCAAAGCAAAAAACACUACAAAUCCCGGCCCGGCCCAGCGGAUGAGGCGGGGUCUGUACUGCGCUGCGCGUGCGCCGUUCGCACGCGUUUCCGGGUCUUGGUGUUCGGUUCGCACUACUGCAGACGGUCUCGGGCGAGGCUAUAAAAUUUAGGAAGCUGCUUCUGUUUCUCUCCGGUUCCCUGGUCGCCCGCCGUGUCAUGUAGAGGUGAUCGGGGAGGACCGGCGGCUGGGUCAAGUGGGGAGUGACUGCGCCUGGGUUCAAACUCGCGAUGAGCCAGUCUUUGAUUUGCCCCGAGACCGUGAGCAGGGUGAGUUCUGUGCUUAAUCGCAAUAGCCGGCAAUUUGGGAAGAAAUAUCUUUUUGACGAGGAUGAGGAAACAUGCUGGAACUCCGACCAGGGCCCCUCCCAGUGGGUGACACUCGAGUUUCCCCAUCGUGUUCACAUCACACAGCUGCAGGUGCAGUUCCAGGGCGGCUUCUCCAGUCGCCACAGCUGCCUGGAAGGUACUGGAAGGUCGCAAGAGGUGGGGGUCAAAGGGUUCUCUGGAUUCUCAGCCUCUUUCUGCACUGCAGGUUCACAGGGUGGGGACACCCUCAGUAAGAUUGUGGACUUCUACCCUGAGGACACCAACGCCCUUCAAACCUUCUCCAUUCCUACUGUGGAGGUGGACCGACUGAAGCUGACCUUUGAGGACACCACAGACUUUUUUGGUCGUGUGGUCAUCUACCACCUGCGGGUGCUGGGUGAAAAAGUACUGUGAAAGCUAUUGGCGCCACCUCCAGGAAGACCCCUGGGAGGCAUCAGAAGCCCUUCAACUUCUGCACAGAUUUAUUGGUUCCUGUUGGGGAGGAUACCUUCCCACCACUGUCCGGAGCUGCCUCAAGCCAGUUGUGGGCAGCCAUCUUCACUCUGGGUCCGCAGGCCUCAGAGCGCUCUGGAACAGUCUGAGGAUGUGGCUCUCCAUCACCUGUUGCACUGUGGGAGGAGGUGGGAGCAGGUGUGAGCAGGAGACAGGGCUGCACUGUGGGAGGAGUGGGAGCAGGGUGAGCAGGAGACAGGGCUGGAGGCCUUGUGAGCAGGAGACAGGGCUGCACUGUGGGAGGAGGUGGGAGCAGGGUGAGCAGGAGACAGGGCUGGAGGCCUUGUGAGCAGGAGUGUAGCCACCAGGAGGUGACCCUUCACCGUUCCAGCAGGGGGGGGGGGUGCAGCUACCUUGGGGCUGUUUUAAGAAGAGGCCUGUUCUCCACUGCCCUGCUAUCCACUGAGUCAGAGCAAUACCAGACCCUCAGCCAGUGUGACCACACAACUGUAGCUUUCCCAGCCUUCAGAACCAUAAAUCCAAAUAAAACUUAAAAAAACAAAA